CCCCGGAGUUUCCCGGGCCCAGGGUCUGGCCUCUGCGGGGGAGCUCCGAGCUUUGGCAGAGUCUUGCAAGGAACGGGAUUCAGGAAGGCGCCAGAUGUGGUCAGUGUUGGAAAAGAUGCCAGCUCCAGCCACUACAUAUGAGAGAAUAGUUUACAAAAAUCCCUCUGAGCACCACUAUAUGAAAGUGUGUCUAGAAUUUCAAGACCAUGGGGUUGGACUGAAUGUUGCACAGUUCAAACAGCUGCUUAUUUCAGCCUUGAAGGACCUGUUUGGGGAGGUUGAUGCAGCCUUACCCUUGGACAUCCUGACCUAUGAAGAGAAGACCUUGUCAGCCAUCUUGAGGAUAUGUAGCAGUGGUCUUGUAAAAUUGUGGAGCUCUUUGACUCUGUUGGGAUCCUAUAAAGGCAAGAAAUGUGCUUUCAGAGUGAUUCAGGUUUCUCCAUUUCUUCUUGCCUUAUCUGGUAACAGUAGGGAACUAGUGUUGGAUUGAAUAGUCUUCAAUGUCAGAAACAUUCCUCCGCUCUCAAAAGGUACUUUUUGAUGCCAGAAUCACAUCUGAAGAUUGAAGCAGUCUAAAAGCUCCGAUUGCUGGACUUUGACAG